AAACAGUUUAUUCAUACAAUGUGUGCAUUGCAUUUGUCUGAUAUACUGAAAUGUUGCACCAUAUAGCUCAUUAUGCUAGCACGCCAGCCAGGUAGCUACCCCAGCAUGCAUCUCGUUACUUCUUUGGUCGGUCGACAGAUGAAAACAUGGCGGCGAUCAGUAAAUACUUUACAGCUAAGAACUGCACUGUAGCAGGCGCCACAAUCGUUGCCUUGUAUCUUCUCAAGAGGAAAAGACAUGCUGACAAGAUAAAUGGGGUGAAAAGAUCAUCAAAACUACAGUUGAGCAAAGAUGAGGCCAAGAAGGAAAGGACGGUGGUGGACAAAGUGUUCUUUGCACGUAUCCUGAAGAUAGUGAAGAUCAUGGUUCCUGGAGUGUUCUGCAAAGAGUCAGGAUACUGUCUCCUCAUCGCUGCCAUGCUGGUGGCCAGAACCUACUGUGAUGUGUGGAUGAUCCAGAAUGGCACCAUGAUCGAGAGUGCAAUUAUUGGUCGUUCAACAAAAGAUUUCAAGAGACUCUUGUUCAACUUUAUAAAAGUCAUGCCAUUUAUCUCGCUGGUUAACAACUUCCUCAAGCUGGGUUUGAAUGAACUGAAGCUCUGUUGCCGGGUUCGACUCACCAAGCACCUCUAUGAUGAGUACCUACAAGGUUACACGUACUAUAAGAUUGGUAACCUGGACAACCGCAUCGGUAACCCCGACCAGCUGUUGACCCAGGACGUUGAGAGGUUCUGUAACAGUGUAGUGGACCUCUACUCCAACAUCAGCAAGCCUCUAUUGGACAUUGGUCUGUACAUCUUCAAGUUGACCUCGGCCAUCGGGCCACAGGGUCCUGCCUGUAUGAUAGGCUACCUUGUGUUCUCUGGGCUCAUCCUGACACGUCUGCGGCGGCCCAUCGGCAAGAUGACGGUGAUGGAGCAGAGAUACGAGGGAGAGUACCGAUUCGUCAACUCACGCCUAAUCACCAAUAGUGAAGAAAUUGCCUUCUACAAUGGAAACCUGAGGGAGAAACAGACCAUUCACUCUACCUUCCAGAAACUGGUGGAUCAUUUGCACAAUUUCAUUGUCUUCCGUUUUUCAACUGGUUUCGUGGACAGCAUCAUUGCAAAGUAUAUUGCCACUGUUGUGGGGUACCUGGUGGUGAGCAGGCCGUUCCUGAACCACACCCACCCACGCCACCUACGCAGUACCCACGCUGAGCUGCUAGAGGACUAUUACCAGAGUGGGCGUAUGUUGCUGAGCAUGUCUCAGGCCCUGGGCAGAAUCGUCCUGGCUGGCAGAGAGAUGAGCAGGCUCUCUGGGUUCACAGCUCGCAUCACCGAGAUCAUGAAAGUCCUGAAAGAGCUGAACUCUGGGAAAUACGAGAGGACCAUGGUCUCUCAACAGGGAGGAAGAGAUGGUGAAUUACAAGAUAGAAUCACCUUGGUCCCAGGAAGUGGUGAAAUCAUCCACAAAGACAAGAUUAUUAAGUUUGAGCAUACACCCCUUGCAACGCCCAAUGGGGACAUUCUUAUCAAAGACCUCAGCUUUGAGGUGACGUCAGGGACAAACGUCUUGGUGUGUGGCCCCAACGGCUGUGGGAAGAGCUCACUCUUCAGAGUCCUGGGAGAGCUCUGGCCUCUGUUUGGUGGCCGUCUCACCAAACCUGAGCGAGGGAAACUCUUCUAUGUUCCCCAGAGGCCAUACAUGACCCUGGGCUCUCUGAGAGAUCAGGUGAUCUACCCAGAUACAGUGGAGGACCAGAGGAGGAAGGGGACCUCUGAUAAGGUGCUGAAGGAGUACCUGGACAACGUCCAGCUUGGUCACAUCCUGGAGCGGGAGGGCAGCUGGGACACGGUCCAGGACUGGAUGGACGUCCUCAGUGGAGGAGAGAAACAGAGGAUGGCUAUGGCCCGUCUGUUCUACCACAAGCCCCAGUUUGCCAUUCUGGAUGAGUGCACCAGUGCUGUGAGUGUAGAUGUGGAGGACUUCAUCUACAGCCACUGUAGGACGGUGGGCAUCACGUUGUUCACAGUUUCUCACAGGAAGUCUUUGUGGAAGCACCAUGAGGUUAAAAUACGUUCCAAAUAUCUAAAAGGACACCUUCGAACCAGUGAUUUCUGUCUCUUCUCCAGUACUACCUGCACAUGGACGGAAGGGGAAACUACGAGUUUAAAGCCAUCACCCAGGAAACAAUUGCGUUUGGGUCAUAACGACCUCACCACAGCUAAUUAUUGCUCACAUAGAUGGUCCUAAGUAAUUCUGCACUACAUGAAGCAUAGGGAACAGAGAAGUCAAGUCCUAACAUAUUAAAAUGUUAUGCAAUGGUAUGAAGACUGGGAGCUCAAUGUCAAGAGAGAAAUAGCUAAACCUUUAUUAGAUUAAAGGUAGAGUCCACAAUAUGACAUCAUACAGAGCAGGGUACACUUCCUGCUUGCAGAAAUAAACAAAACAAUUGAAUUCUGCCAAGACUGACCGUUUUGGCUCUUCCUGAGGGCAGAUUGAAUUCUGCCAAGACUGACCGUUUUGGGCCUUCCUGAAGGCAGAUUGAAUUCUGCCAAGACUGACCGUUUUGGGCCUUCCUGAAGGCAGAUUGAAUUCUGCCAAGACUGACCGUUUUGGCUCUUCCUGAAGGCAGAUUGAAUUCUGUUUAGAACUGGAAGCCGCCCCGCUGUGUAUGAUGAUGUCAUAUUGCAGAGUCUACCUUUAAGGAUGUGCGUGUAGUGAGUUUGAAUUGUAUAUGAAGCAAAUAAUGUACUAAGAAAACUAGCCUUACCGAUUGUGUUUAAAUUUGAUUUCUGUUAAUAUUGCAUUGUUUUUCAUUAUUUAAAAUGGUCAGUUUUAAUGUCAAGUUUUGAAUUAAAUGUUUGUUUAGUGCAGUUUGUUGAAACACUGAAGUGCAUUCUUCUUUCAUGAAGCCAGUAACUGUAAAUGACAUUAAGCAUAGCUAGUCCAAAUAUGUCAAUUGUAGUACAUGUACGCAAAAAAAAAUGUUUUGUCUCUUAUAGUAUAAACGCUCAGCGGCUGCCUCAAUUUGGAAGGUACUGCACUGUAGUUACUUUACACUGUACUUAAUUUAGAUUUGAUUAUUUUGUAAAAGGGGAUUGAGGACCUGUUACUUUUUGUUAACAUAGGAUAUUUAAAAUGCCAUUGCUAUGAGCUUAACUAGAAAUAAAUAUUUCAUUAAUAUA